GGCUGAGCGAGGUGCCGCUUGAGCCGCGCUGCGAGCUUCGUUGCCAGGACCUGUAGGGACAGUGCAGUCGAGAUCGGAAGCCGCGCCAUGGACUCGGUGACCUUUGAGGAUGUGGCUGUGAACUUCACCCGGGAAGAGUGGACUUUGUUGGAUCCUUCUCAGAAGAACCUGUACAUUAAUGUGAUGCUGGAAACCUGCAGAAACCUUGCUUCUGUUGGAAUCAAAUCAGAAUACCAGACCAUUGAAGACCAGUAUAAACAACCCGGGAAAAAUAUAAGGGACAUCAUAACCCGCUCUGGAUACACUCGAUGCGAGCUUGAGGACUGUGGGGAGAAGCAAUAUCACUCCAGUUCUCUCACAACUAUUUACAUACACAUGGGAAUCCACACUGUGAGCGGAACGUAUGGAUAUGAAGUAUAUUCAAAACCCGUUGGUGUUCCAAGUUCAUGCGGCACUGAUGAGCAAAUUCAGAGUGGAGAGCGGCCCCAUGGAUAUAAUAUAAACGAAACAGCCUUUAGUUGUCCCAGCUCAUUUUGCAUCCAUGGAGGAACUAACACUGAAGAAAACCCUUCUGAAUGUACACCAUGCGGGACAACGCUGAGUCCUUUCAAUUACCUGCCGUUUCACAGUGGAAUUCAUAAUGGAGGAAAACAUUUUGACUGUACACAGUGUGUCAAGGCUUUCAGAUGUCACAGUUCCCUUCAAAGACAUGAAAGAAUUUGUGCUGGGGAAAAACCAUAUGAUUGUAAACAGUGUGGGAAGUCAUUCGUUUAUCCCUAUUUACUUAAAAUGCAUGAAAGGCAUCAUACUGGAGAGAAGCCUUAUAAGUGUAAGAUAUGUGGUAAGGCAUUUCUUUGUUCCUCUUUCCUGCAAAGACAUAAGAGAGCCCAUACAGGAGAAAACCCCUAUAAAUGUAAGCAAUGUGCUAAGCCCUUUAGACGUCUCAGUAAUCUUCAGGUCCAUGAAAUAACUCAUACUGGAGAGAAACCCUAUGAGUGUAAGGAGUGUGGUAAAGCUCUGAGAAGCCACAGUUCCCUUCAAAGACAUAAAAUAGUCCACGCUGGGAAGAAACCCUAUGAGUGUAAGCAGUGUGGUAAGUCCUUCAUUUAUCCCUACUUACUUCAAACCCACGAAAGAUCCCAUACUGGGGAGAAGCCCUACAAAUGUAACCUAUGCAGUAAAGCCUUUCGUUGCUCCUCCUUCCUGCAAAGACACGAAAGAACUCACACCGGGGGAAAGCCCUACGAGUGUAAGCAGUGUGGUAAGGCUUUCAAAGGGCACAGCUCCCUUCGAUUGCAUGCAAGGUCUCACAGCGGGGAGAAACCAUAUAAAUGUAAUCUAUGUAGUAAAGCCUUCCUGUGCCCCUCUUUCCUCCGAAGACACGAAAGAACUCACACUAGGGAACGGCCCUAUGAAUGCAGAAAGUGCGACAAAACCUUCCGGGGUCAGAGCUCUCUUCAGUUACAUGAACGAUCUCAUACCGGAGAGAAACCCUAUAAAUGUAAGAUCUGUAGUAAAGCCUUUCUAUGCUCCUCUUUCCUCCGAAGACAUGAAAGGAUUCACUGUGAAGAAAAGCCCUAUGCAUGUAAACAGUCUGGGAAAGACAGAAGUUCCUUUAAAAGUCAGAAAGUGUCUCAUGCUGGCGAAAAGCCUUAUGAAUGUAAGCAGUGUGGUAAGUCCUUCGUUUACCCGUGUUUACUUCAAGUUCAUGUCAGAACCCACACUGGUGAGAAACCCUAUGAGUGUAAACAGUGUGACAAGGCUUUCAGAAGUCUCAGUUACCUUCGUAUACAUGAAGGAAGUCACACCGAGGAGAAGCCCUAUGAAUGCAAAGAGUGCGGUAAAACCCUCAGUUGCUCCAGCGCCCUGCAGUUACACACACGGACACACACGGGUGAGAAGCCCUACGUGUGUCAACAGUGUGGCAAAGCCUUCAGGGGCUUCAGUUACCUUCGAGUCCACGAAAGGACCCACACUGAAGACAAGCCCUACGAGUGCAAGCGGUGUGGGAAAAUUCUCAGCUGCUCGAGUUCCCUUCAACUGCACGAAAGAACCCACACUGGGGAGAAACCUUACGAGUGUAACCAGUGCGGGAAAGCCUUCAGAGGUCUCAGCCGUCUCCGAGUCCACGAGAUAAUUCAUACCGGCGAAAGACCCCACGAAUGUACCCUCUGCGGCAAAGCUUUCAGGUAUCGGAGUUUACUUCGCGUCCACGAAAGGACCCACACUGGUGACAAACCCUAUGCUUGUAAACAAUGCAGCAAAGCCUUCAAAAGCCUCAGUAACCUUCGAAUACACGAGAAAACUCACAGUGGGUUCUUCGAGUGUAAACACUGUGGGAAAACCCUCAGUUCUUCCAACUCCCUCCAAGUACACGAAAGGGCCCACAGUAGAGAAAAAUCGCACGAGUGCCAGCAGUGUGGCAAAACCUUCCGCCGGCUCAGUAAUCUCCAGGUACAUGAAAAAACUCACGCCGAAGGGAAGCCCUACAAGUGCAAGCAGUGCGCAAAGUCCUUCCUUUAUCAGUAUUUACUCGAAAAGCAUGAGAAGUCUCACACUGCAGAAAAGCCCUAUAAAUGCAUGAUCUGUGGUAAAGCCUUUAUCUGUCCCUCUUUCCUUCAACGGCACGAAAAGAUUCAUAGUGCGGUAAAACCCUACGAGUGUGUACAGUGUGGCAAAGCGUUUAAAGGCCUCAGUUCCCUUCAGCUACACGAAAGAGCCCACGCUAGAGAGAAGCAUUAUGACUGUACACAGUGUGGUAAAAUCUUCAGAUGUCACAGUCUCCUCCAGGCGCAUGAAAGAACGCAUACCGGUGAAAAACCCUUCGAGUGUGCAGAGUGUGGCAAAACCUUCAAAAGUGCGGGUUACCUUCGGAUACACGAAAAAACUCACAGUGGUUCUGAGUGUAAGCAGUGCGGUAAGAUUCUCAGCUGUUCAAGUUCUCUUCAGUUACAUGAAAGAACACACACUGGAGAGAAACCCUACGAAUGUAAGCAAUGUGGUAAGGCCUUCAGAAGUCAAAGUUCCCUUAGAAGACACGAAAGGAUUCACGCUGGAGAGAAACCCUACGAGUGUAAGCAGUGUGGUAAGUCCUUCAUUUAUCCAUGCUACCUUCAAAUGCACGAGAGAUCUCACACUGGAGAGAAGCUCUAUAAAUGUAAAACAUGUAGUAGAGCCUUUCUUUAUCCGUGUUUCCUUCAAAUGCAUGAAAGAACGCAUACCGGCGAAAAACCUUAUAAAUGCAAGCAAUGUGCUAAAGCCUUCCGAAGUCACAGUUCCCUUCAAAUGCAUGAAAAAACACAUACAGGAGACAAACCCUAUGAAUGUAAACAGUGCGGAAAAGUUUUGAUAAGUCACAGUUCUCUACAGAGGCAUAAAAUAGCUCAUGCUGGGAGAAAAUGUCAUGAAUGUCAACAAUGUGGUAAGUCCUUCAUGUAUCCAUAUUUACUUCAAACUCAUGAACGAUCUCACUCUGGAGAGAAGCCCUAUGAGUGCAAGGACUGUAGGAAAGCCUUUACAUGUUACCGUUCCCUUCAGAGACACGGAAAAACACACACCUGAGGGAAAGGCUCUGUAAAUGCAGACAAACAUGGGAGGAUGUUUAGACUAUUUAGUUCUCUUCAGAUGUGUGGAAGUACUGGGAAAGAGCUAAUGAAUGUAAAACAAAUGCUGAAGGUUGUUGUUGUUGUUCUUCUUCUUGCUGUUGUUUGCUAUGGAAAGUUUAGAAGGAUUCAUGGGGGGGGGGGAAAUCCCUUGAAUCUAAGAGAUGUGCUGAGACCCUCAGUUCCAUUUGAAGACGUGAAACUACCUGGUGUUAAAACUCAGAAUAGAAUAUGGUAUUUCAUUUCUUAGAUCUACUUAAAUACAUAAGCUAAUGAAGGUCGUCAUUUGGGAAGUAAAGCAUAUAUUUUAACAAUACUAAAAAUCAUGUGAUAACUCCGAUUAGUGGAUCCUACAAAUUUAUGUGUGUUGAAAUGUUGGAGCAAAUCAUGCUAAAAGCUUUAUAACAUAAAUGAACAGCUAUGCAAUUUAUGAAUGUCUGGUGGUCUCCAGUGAUUUGCAUUUGGAGACAUUCCCAGCUGCACCUGGUAGAUCAGGCCUGUACCCGUGGGUACUCUGGUUUUGCUGCAACUGAUAGCAAGUUCAGGGCCAGCCCAGACACAACUUAGUGAGGCCAGUCUCAGUAAAAAAUUGGAAAGAAAACCAAAGCAACUCAUUGAUUUAGCUCUGGUCUCCCAGUUUAAUUUCUAGUCCUAGCGUAAGAGAAAUGAGAAGGCUCCUGGGUGAUGAAUUUCCACUUCUUUUACCGGAAAACACUGAGCUGAAAGUUUCCCAAGUGUAGACAUGAACUUUAACUGCAGAAAUAGCUGAUGCAGAUUGCUAGACAAUUUCUUAAUUACCAUAGACGUACCUUAUAGUGUAGCCCACCAUACACUUAUGCUACAUGGUAUCAGCACUCCACUAGCCUGUGGAAUGUCGCUUCACUGUAUAUUUUAGGCAUGGUACCAACAAAUAUGUAUCAAGCAAAAGAUUUGGCAUGAAAGUAAAUGCUUUAUCUAUGAAGAAUACUUAUUGUGAGUGGACUUUUCAGGACUAGAUCUUAUUCAAACAGAGACUUCGGUGAAUAUAAACUCCUAGGACACAUUAAUCUACUGUAAAGUAUCAACACUAUAGACUUGGUUUAUAGUAUAUUGAUGUUUAUAGUAUAUUGAUGUUUAUAGUAUAUUGAUGUUUUCCUAAGUAAUAAAUAACUUAAAGCUUUAUACAGUGUGUAUAAUUUUAAUAAUUUGAUUUUUGUGAAAACAGUGCUUAAAAAUGUAGCCAUUUUACGAUUGUUUAAAACUAUUUCUU